GGAGAGAGAGGAAGCAGCAAGAGGAGGAGUUGGCUAAGCAUAUGGCUGAGGAAGACGAUGAUGACUUUUAGUCCGUCCGAUAGAGUUUGUUUACUCUCACUCUGCCCUUCGUUCCAAGUGUUUUUAGAGGAUUUUUAAAUUGUUUCUUUUAAAUACUUUGCUUUCAACUUUAGAACAGAGAUUUGUAUGGUUGGUUUCAGAAGAUUGGAAUCUUCUCAACUUCGUUUAAUGGUGUUUGGAUGUUUCUCGCAUCUUCAGAGUUGAAUACUUUUAGCUAUCUGUGUUGGGGCGGCUAGUUAUUAGAACAUAUGCAUGUGAAAUGUUAUCAUCAACUGGGUAAUGCAAAUUAUAAUGUAAUUAAUCCCUUUUUAUCUUUUUACUACCAGAAGGAUGAAGACUAGACAUGUGGUAUGACCAUUAAAUAAUGGGUUAAAUAAUUGAUACAUAACAUUAGUCUGUCCCUGCCAAACUAGGUUUCAUUUUCUUAUAAUAAAACAGUAUCAUGUUCUGCUUUAAUUUUACAGGUCUUUGUUACGUGAUUCAUUAUUUUUUCAAUAAUGACAAUCAGUAAUAGAUUCCCGGGCUCUUACAACUACCAACUAGUUAAAAACAUCAUUAAAGUCAUUGGCUUUACACUUCUUACACUAAUCAAGGUCCUCAAGUCCUUUACCUUGUUGGUUCCAUGUCUUUUUUUUAUCAAGGAGAAAUUUAUAUAGUUUGUGUAUAAAUUUCAAGAUGUGAUAUUAUUGUUUUUUUGUAAGAAGUGGCAGGUAGGUUGUGUAAGGCGACAGAUGCCGUGACGGUGAUCUUCGUCAACUUAGAUUGGAGAUCAAGUUUUGAGGAACGAAUAAUCCAAAUAAUGAUAACUAAUAAAGCGAUUUGGCAUGUUGCUAAUAAUACAUGACAAGCAAGCAUGUGAGUCUGUGGUAGAUGAACCCUGCACAUGUUUGUAUCAUAUCACAAACAAAAAAACUCUCUUUUGUCUUUCUUUCUACUCUUUUUAUUCAGUUAAACAAAAAGGUAUCAGUAUCCACCGCAUAACACAGUAUUAUGAACUUUUUAACGGAAUAUAAACACAAAUGCAUAUUACAAAACAUAGUGUGCAGAACUACUGUCUUUUUUGGACUUAGUAUUACUUACAAAUAUACAGAUGUAGAAGAAUUAAAUUAAGAUAUACACAGGCUAGAUAAAGAUACAAGACCCACAUGUAAGGUUUUGUUGCUACGUACUACAUAGUUUACACACACUGGCCACCUUUAUUUAAACACCACUCCCUAUCUCUCCUUCACUCGACCAUCAACACCAUCAUAAUCUCUUUCAUCUUCUACAAACACUAUAGUCAUGGCAAAGUCUCUAGCUGGAGUGGCGCUUUUAGCCGCUCUUUUUAUAACGGUUGAUGCGUUUAGGCCUUCUGGUUUAACCAACGGUCACGCCACAUUCUAUGGAGGGAGUGACGCUUCAGGAACAAUGGGCGGAGCUUGUGGGUACGGAGAUCUAUACUCGGCGGGGUAUGGGACAAUGACGGCGGCGUUAAGCACGGCUCUCUUUAACAACGGAGCUUCGUGUGGAGAAUGCUAUAGGAUAACGUGUGAUUACGCCGCGGACUCAAGGUGGUGCAAGAAAGGAGCUUCCGUGGUUAUUACAGCAACUAACUUCUGCCCACCAAACUUUGCUCUACCGAGCAACAACGGUGGUUGGUGCAACCCGCCGCUAAAACAUUUCGACAUGGCACAACCUGCUUGGGAAAAGAUCGGGAUUUACAGAGGCGGGAUUGUUCCCGUCGUUUUCCAAAGAGUAAGCUGUUAUAAGAGAGGAGGAGUGAGAUUCAGAAUAAACGGAAGGGAUUACUUCGAGCUAGUGAACAUAUCGAACGUAGGAGGAGCUGGUUCCAUUAAAUCUGUAUCCAUUAAAGGAUCAAAGACUGGUUGGUUAGCCAUGUCUCGCAACUGGGGAGCUAACUGGCAAUCAAACGCUUAUCUCGAUGGUCAAUCUAUCUCUUUCUCAAUUACCACUACUGAUGGUGCUACAAGAGUCUUCCUAAAUGUUGUUCCUUCUUCUUGGUCCUUUGGACAGACUUAUUCUUCCAGGGUUCAGUUUUAAAUACUUUUUUUUUCCUUUUCUUCCAUGUCUGAAAGAUUAUUGGCAGUGGUCGCGCUUUGAGUCUAUUCUUUUCUCCCGGAGCAACCCGCCCGCUUUGUUAUUAUUAUUAUAUAUUAUCUGAUUUGAUGCA